CUCCGAACCGAGCAGAAACAGAGCAGAGCACGGGACUCCUGCUCCUGGCUUCCCUUGAACUCUAUAGCGAUCGUAACUUUUUUCCGACCACUUCUUUGCCACUCUGAGCAAAGUCUACGCGUCCCAACAGAUCUGGGUCUGCGAGGUAUGGCGAUGAGACUUACAUGGACGAAGUUGGAAAACUUUUGCUGACGUUAAAGUGGAGUUGGUCGCCUCGCUAAAGGCAUUGUGGAUUACUGAAACACAGCAGAACUAACUGCGGGGUGACCUUUGGCGUCUGUUUAUUGGGGGUAAGAUUAUGUUUCCAUGAUAGUUGCUCUUUAAUAGAUUACAUUACACUUGUGUUGAAACAGGUAGUGAUAGUUCACGGCAAUGAGACCCUGAGGAGCCUACUAAUUGAAGGUUCAAACGAGUCCAUGCUGUCAGAAUAUACAUAUUUGACAGUGUAAAGUUACAUGUCAAAAUACUUAGACUACUGUCAAAGUGAAAAUAUAGAAUAGCAUAUCCCAGGGAUCAUCAACUAGAUUCAGCCGCGGACCGAUUUGUUCUUCAGCGGAUGGUCAGGGGCCGGAACAUAAUUACGAAUAAUUUGUAGACUGCAAAUUGACUGCAAUGAGCCCAAACAGAUAUCAUAUUUGACUAAAACGUAAUCAUUUAAAACCUUUCUUACGUUUGUAUAAGGUCACAUAUAUAUUUAUAUUACGCGUGGGAAUAAUUUGGAACAGAUUUCCUCAAUUUAAAUCACUUGGAGCUGAUUUGCUGUUAAAAAAAAAAAGUAUUUUAUGUCCAACAAUAAAAAAUAAAAAAGUAAAUAAAUAAAUACAUUGGUGGGCCAAAUAAAAUCACAGGACCGCCAGUUGGGGAACCCUGGCCUAUAAGACACAACAUCUAUUGCUUGUCAUUAAACUAUUACGCAAAGGCUAUAGGUUAUUGUAAAACUACAAAUAUCCUUAUCAACAGCAUGCUGACCGGGAGUUUUGUUGCACCUGCCCAUUUCUGACAAAUACCCACCUCACCACGACUUUAAGACGAACUGUUUAUGCCCUUCAUCUCAUUCGCGAGUAAAGAGCUGUCCUAUGCUUGUGAACAUAAAAUUGUCUAAGAACAAGGACCAAAGUCUGCUCUUUCCUUUCUCUGUCCACAUGUGAACGUAUAGCUACCUAUAGGUUCACACACAGUAGCCUGUUUUAAGCAACUCAAUGAUCUGUACGUUAAUAACCUAGCAUUUACUCACUGACUCUAAACCGUGUUAGAAUAAGUCAUUCCAUUGGCUAAAGUAAAAUAACGUGGAAAACAGCUUAUAUUGGGUAAAAUUCGAUUAUUAUGAAUGAGUCAUACUUUUCAGACGAAGGGUUGCCAGUCCUCGCUGGUUUUUAUGCACAGUGGUAUGCUACUACAGUAACUUAUAGAAAAGUGAAACUCAAGAGGAGCACUAUUUACACCUCAAACCACACUGCCUGAACGGUAGCAGUAAAUGGGACGCUGUAAAAAUAUAUAAAUAUUUUAAAUUAAUGUUCACCCAGUCUAAAGUUUAGCAAUUUACGCAAGAAGGUGAACAUUUAAAUUGUUUGAGACGAGCACUAUUUAUUUACACCUCAAAACCACACUGUAAACGAAGUAUUGUGCAUGGAGAGAGUUGCACCGUGAGCUUGUUCGUGGGUUUGGAAAGCAUUACUUUACAACUUGGUGUCAUACACCACUUGUGCAUGUAACCCUCAGUCAUAUAACAGUCCCAUAAUAUUAUCAUACAGUUCUCAUAACCUCACCCCAUAGCACGUAUAGCCUAUGUACAGGAGUAUUAACAAAGGAUGUGUCACAAAAUAAUGUAUUUCUCUGACUUUGCAAAGUAAUGAUUAUAGGCUACAACAACAUUCUAUAAUCGGUCUUGCAACAAAAGUUAACGUAGUUAGUACAUAUAAGCCUUUGCUUUCAGAGAUAAACAUCGCUCAAGGCCAUAAACAUUACUCCAAUAGCCUAGAAAUGUAUUUUACGACAAAAAAAUGGAGGUAACAUUUAUUUUAGGAGAUAAGCAACCCCUUUAUAUGUUGUUCUCCAUUAAUACGCCUAAAAGGAAUAAUAAUAAUAAAUUAUUAUCACUUCUGGCAAGAUUACAAACUUCAAAAUCUGGUGAUCUAAGAAUACAUUUAAUUAGGCCUACCUGUUGUACACACGGCAUUGGCAUACAAUGUCAAAAUGAAACCAAUUAGUUGUUUUAAUGUCUCUUGGAAGAUUUAAUUGGGAGUGACAACAGCACAGUCGAGCGCAUCGAAAACAACGUCUCCAACUUUUAUUUUUGGAUACAUAACAUAUAUUUAUGUUAUUAGAAGGAAUAACCAUGUGCUCUAGAAAAAAAAAUGAACGAAAUGUAUCUUGUAUUUUCACCAGCCAAAUAUUCAAUUUGCAGUACCCACGUCUUCUUAUUGCACCUUGUGCACAAAAAUAUACAACUUGAACACUCAACAUGUCUCUAGAAAAAAAAUGGUUUAUAACCAAAUAUUAAUCAGUUCGCCUUUAGACUGUAUGCAAAUCGUCAAUCUUGAAGUAAAUGAGUCAGUUGAAGUGACGAAAUAAAACACUGAACGUGAGAUAAUCCAUAUCAGCCCUUAUUAAGGCCGUUCUCAAGAUGGUUCUAAAUUAAUUAAAUAUAGGCUAUGGUCAAACGGAUGGAAAAGCUCUAAUGGAAAACUAUUUGCUGCAUUGUGCAAAAUGCAUAAACAUAAUUUGUGUCUACCAUGUUCAUUAACUCUAUUUUUAUUUUACUUGUCUAAUUGCAGUAUUUUCUAAGUCUAUAUUGUGCCGUGUUGUGGGUUGAUGGUGAACUCAUAUUAAUUUGUAUUGUUCAUGUCUCCAACAGGACCUUCACCGUGGUAGAGUUGUGCCGAGGCCCUAACCGUGAAGCCUUUAGCCGCCGAGAUGGGGAGCAAAGCCCUGCCCGCUCCGAUCCCUCUCCACCCGUCUCUCCAGCUCACCAACUACUCGUUCCUGCAGGCGGUCAACGCCUUCCCCGCAGCCGUCGACCAGCUCCAGGGACUGUACGGUCUUAGCGCGGUGCAAACCAUGCACAUGAACCACUGGACACUGGGCUAUCCGCACAUGCAGGGACUAAGGUCGACUAUCACUGAGAUGGCUGCGGCUCAGGGCUUAAUGGAUCCCCGGUUCACCUUCACGGGGCUACCGUUCGCCGCACACCUCUUCCACCCGAAACAGGGCAUUACUCACCUUAUCCCCGGGCUGCACAAGGACCGACCACCGCGCUUUGACUUUGCCAACCUGGCGAUAGCUGCCACCCAGGAGGACCCGCCGAAGCCUGGGGAUCUUUCAAAGUUGACAGCGGGGCUCGGGGGCACGAUCUCUGAGUUCAACAAACUGUCGCCUGAUAGAAAACCCACCCGGGGAAGGCUUCCGUCAAAGACGAAAAAGGAAUUUAUUUGCAAGUUCUGUGGCAGGCAUUUCACAAAGUCGUACAAUCUUCUGAUCCACGAGAGGACCCACACAGACGAGCGGCCUUAUACCUGUGAUAUCUGCCACAAGGCCUUCCGAAGACAGGACCACCUGAGAGACCACAGGUAAGAAACAAAGCUCUGAAUGUAUGGGAUGAUAUGGCGUUGGUUUCUCUAAAAGGACAAACGCUUUGAUAGUGGUGUGUACAGAAUAGCGUCACGUCAUAUUGUGAUCGCGUUUUAUUCAUAUUCAUUUGACUUUGUUCACAAUUCCAGUAUUGUAAUGCACUGAAGUCAGACUUUUUUUCAUAUGUAGGUAUUUUUGUAAUAACUAAGCUAUGGUGCGUGCGCAGUGCAGCGUAGGCCUAGUCCAUAUUCCAAGAGGGCGCUAAAGCCCCUUCACGCACGAGAAUACAGAUCAAGUUGCACAACUGACAGGCACUUCUCAGCAUGACUCAACGGCUUUGGAAAUGCCACAAAGAAGAAAUGCCAUUAUAUGAAAGGUGGUCCGUUUUAACUGCGUCUCCUCUGUCUUCUAAUUUCCAGAUACAUCCACUCCAAGGAAAAGCCCUUCAAAUGUCAAGAAUGUGGGAAAGGAUUUUGUCAGUCUCGAACUUUAGCCGUUCAUAAAACAUUACAUAUGCAGGUGAGUCUUCCAUCCAAACCUAUAUCAUCUGCCAUCACAAAGCCAUAUUUAUUAACACAUUUGAUACCAAUCAACAUGUAUGUGAGUCAGCAAACUAUAUGAGGCAUGAGAGCUCACAUAUAUGUGUACUCAUGUUAUUACACGCGUCAUGUCUUAACGCAUGUGUCACUGAUCAAAUUUGGCAUAUUUUCUGAAACCUAAAAAUAUAUAUAUUUUGAUUACCUGUAUGGAUAGCGAUUGUGUCUCGACUAUAUUUGGCAUAUAUGGCAAUAACUGAAUGAUUAUGAUAAGCAGUUUAAAGAAAUAUAGGCUAGGCCUACAGACGUUCAUUUUGUUAGGGCACAGCUUACUUUCAACACAAUGUCAAUAACUGACUGAAGAUUCAUAUUAUAAUACAAUACAUAUAUUUCGCUAAAUAAACUAAAGGGAAUAAUCCUUUGCUUGCUUUAAAUCUAAACAGGAAUCUCCUCACAAAUGCCCCACAUGCGGAAGAACCUUUAAUCAAAGAAGUAACCUGAAAACUCACCUUCUCACCCAUACAGACAUCAAGCCCUACAGCUGUGACCGCUGCGGAAAGGUGUUUCGGCGCAACUGUGACUUGCGACGGCACAGUUUGACUCACACCCCUCGUCAGGACUACUAGCCUAUCUGAGAAGGCUGAUGAACAGCUAAACAAACAAACAAACAAACA